AUGCAGCGGGAGGUGGGCACGCUGCCGCUGGCCCCCGCCCUUCGCGCCCGCCUCGCCGCCGCCGGCUUCCAGACGGCGCAGGAGCUGCUGGACACCGGACCCUGCGGCCUGAGCAAAGAAAUUGGAAUCUCCAGGGAAGAGGCGCUGGAAGCGCUGCAGGUGGUGAGGCAGGAAUGUCACGGGGAUGCAGCAAGGACGGCUGGGGGAUCAGGUGCGACCAGGAAGUGCACAGCCCUGGAGCUUCUGGAAGAAGAGCAAACUCAGGGUUUCAUCAUCACCUUCUGUUCAGCACUGGACAACAUUCUGGGAGGUGGAGUGCAGCUGACAAAAAUCACCGAGAUCUGCGGAGCACCUGGUGUUGGCAAAACUCAGCUUUGCAUGCAGCUGGCAGUGGAUGUCCAGAUCCCAGAGUGCUUCGGGGGCGUUGCUGGAGAAGCUGUGUUCAUUGACACUGAGGGAAGUUUUAUGGUGGACAGAGUGGUGGACAUUGCAGCUGCCUGUGUGCAGCACUGCCACCUUAUUGCUGAGGCUCAGCAAGAAGAGGAUCAUCGGAAAGCUUUGGAGACUUUUUCUCUGGAAAAUAUCCUGUCUCACAUCUAUUACUUCCGUUGUCGUGACUACACAGAGCUGCUGGCCCAGGUCUACCUCCUGCCAGAAUUCCUGUCAGAGCAUUCCAAGGUCCGGCUGGUGGUGAUAGAUGGAAUUGCUUUUCCCUUUCGCCAUGACUUUGAGGACCUGUCCCUGCGCACGAGGCUGCUGAACGGGCUGGCACAGCAGCUCAUCAUCAUGGCCAACGACCAUAAAUCAGCUGUAGUUCUGACAAAUCAAAUGACAACAAGGAUUGGACAAAGCCAGUCCACAUUGGUACCUGCUUUAGGAGAAAGCUGGGGACAUGCUGCCACCGUCCGUUUAAUCCUCCACUGGGACAACAGUCAGAGGUUGGCCACGUUGUACAAAUCACCGAGUCAGAAGGAAUCCACCAUAGCCUAUCACAUCACAUCCCAUGGUUUCCGGGAUGUGCAGCCUCCAGCUGCCACUCACAGCACAGAAGGGACUGAGCUGAAUCCUCGGAAACGGCCACGGACAGAGGAGGAGAAGCAGCAGUGAUUCCAAAGUGGGAUGGCAAAAACCUGCAGGAGAGCAGUGGCAGAGUGAACGUGCAGCCAAAGGCAGCCUGAGAGACUCUCAACUUCAGUUCCUGCUCGGGACUUUAUUUUAACAUUAAGAC